AUGAAUUCGUCGAGCAUUAGCUCAGCAGUGCCGACGAUUAAAUGUGAGGAUACCUCCCCAUCGCCGACUGGUCCUGUGGGAACGGACGGAGAGUCAGGGGCGUACCUUAGUGUGAACGUGAAUCUAAGUGCUGCCAUGAUGAACCUUCUAGCCGCAGAAAGCGUCGCUACCACCACCCUACGGACUCCAGAAAUUGUGAACGACGUCAUAACCAUGACAAAUCCUUUGGAUCAGUACAACUACGACAAGAAUGCUAGUUUUAAGAAUGGAAGCGGGAACGACUCUAACUCAUCGAUGUCAAACAGCUCGUCAGCUACCUCACCAGCGUCGGGUACUCCGCCCAGCAUACAAAAGACGUGCUCGGAAUUAAUAAAGGCCGGUUUGAAGUUGACCAUAGAGUCGAAGAGGAAGAUGUCGGGUAGCGACACCGACGGCGGAAUCAAACGGAUGAAGAAAGAGGAAAGUGAUGAUGACUACGACAGUAGUCAUACGCAGGCACCUAAAAGUGAGCUUACACCAGAAGACGAAGAGCGCAGACGGCGGCGACGUGAAAGAAACAAGAUAGCAGCAACCAAGUGCAGAAUGAAGAAAAGAGAGCGAACUGUCAACUUGGUGAAUGAGAGUGAGAUACUAGAGAACCAGAAUAUUGACCUUAAAGCGCAACUAAAGGAUCUGGAAGUCCAAAAGCGGCAGCUGAUCGACAUGCUUUCCGUCCACUCGGCCUCGUGCGUCAAAAACAACACUUGCAACGCGAGAACAUCGCCCACCACGCCGUACAACAUGCUCCGAGCGUACGAACCGCCGUCAACAUUCCCAGCUAACUACGACACUCACUCGCCGUACAUCCGGCCAGAGUCGGCGAACAUUCUCGCAUCCAGCUACACGUGCGCCACUUCCAUCAACGGAGACUCUCCGGACACGAUAUCCCUCGACGCAACGUAUAUGACCCCCCAAACUAUAGAAUUAGACUACAACAGACCGGACAGCGUCCUCAGUCUCCCUCCAAACUCCGACUCGUGUUACAUAACAACAGAUGGCUACCUCCCUAAAGCCACGACAAUUCUGGGCCACAUAGAACCUGAAACGGAAUACUAUGAAGCCGAUUUAAAUUAUGUUGCGACGACGCCGCAAUGCCACAACUACCCUGUAAAUCUCCAGGAUUCUCAAAGUAAGCUCGGCACUAGCCUUAACGACGGGUGUCUCGUUUAACGACUCGCUAACUUCUCACAUGAUUGGGGUCCAAAAUUAUUUUCACAUUGUAUACGUAUGUAACUAGAACUUGGAAUUUUAUUGGCUAAUUAUAAUUCGUGCAUAUGGAAAUGUUAUUAAAAAGACCUAAAGUUAGUUAUUUUCGAUUAAAAGCACUUUCUUGAUUUAUCACGUCGUCGGGAAGGUAUUAUUUCGAAACGAAAUCGUAUGUCUACUGUGUAGAACAACAGCGUAGAUUAGUAUGGAGGUUGUAUCAUUAAGGUGCAUUUUGGAAAUAUGCGACAAAGACAACAAAGACACUUUGGUACAGAGAAUGAGCAGUCGAUAUUAUUGUGUCUUUCUUUGAUGUCGUUUAUGAAAACGUACCUUAUUUUAAUACAUUGCAAAUGAAAAAAUAAUAGGUAAACUUAUAGUCGCCGCAAUGCGGCCUUACGAUGUCACAUCAUGUUAAUUUAUUUGUUUUUAAUGUUUCAAGUGUUGUGAAAUAAUAAGAUUCACCAUUACCGCGUAACAAAGGGACUGUGAAACAGUUAAUAGAUAGGUAGGUACGUAUAUUUUUCGAUUUUAGUUUAACUCUAACAUAACAGCAUUCAUUAUUUUUGUAAGUCCUUUAAUUUUGCUUUGAUCUGUACAAAAUAUUUAUCUUUAUUUUAGAUCUGAUUUAUUUAAGCGAUGGUGCAAUUGUUAUAUAUAUAUAUAUUGUAAAUAACUGAUAGCUACAAGUGUCUAGUCUCUAUUUACUACGCCAAAAUUAAAAUACAACAAGCAUCACAUAAUGAAAUUUAACUUCCAGUACAAUACAAACAGAUACCUCCUGUUGAAAUUCCGUAUAUUUUAUUAAACAGAGAAAUAUAUUAUCAAAGAUUAUAAAUGGGAUAUAGAUAUUCCAUAAAUGUUGUUCGCUAAGGCCUAGAUAUAAGACGCUUUAACUCAGAAUAAGUCGUGAUAAUGUUACUUGUUACGGAUAGGUUACUUAAGUAUAGAAAUAAUGCAUAUUCAGCUUAUGUACCUACUAAUAAUAAUAUUAUCCAAAUAACACUAAGUGUUUGAACAUAAAACACCACAGAAAGUGCCUGUUUCAAAUUCCAAUAUACGAAAUAAUAUUUAGGUACGUGUAAGAUAUACUUGAAUAAUUGUUUCCAUUUUAAAUAUUUGAACUAAAAUAUUUUAUAUUACACAACAUUGAAAUCUAUGAAAUGUGCUAAAAGCUAUAAAACUAUAAAGUGCCUUGUGAAAAUAAUCCUUAAUAAUUGUUAUCAUAAAAGUCAUUUACUUGUACUAAUACGGUUAUACAAAAAUCCUUAUCUAAUCUUUUUAUUAAGGGAAUCAGUCCGCGUAGGCGAAAAAAGUCUGGCUCUUUGGAGUUGCUUAGAGUUCCCUUUUUCUAGGGGCUUAAUUGUAACUUAAGGCACAACCUUCAAUCUAAAAGCUACACCUAAAAGCUUAAACACCUUGAACACUAUCCUGUAGUACUGGAUAGGUUUCAGGCCACCUGUCGCAUUCAUUUAGUUUAAAUCACAUACUUAACUCUUUAAAAGUGAAGUUUUCAAUAAACACUAUGGUAGACCAUCCCGUAUUAGGGUGAGAUUGGUAAGUUUGUAAUCGUAGUUAGUAGUGAUUUUCGAGUAUCGAAACUGUAGUCACAAGUAAAAUGGAAUUUAUCUACUACUCUUUUAAAGUGCAAGUUUCUACAGCCCGAGCUCUUGGUUAAGCGUUUGUUAAAUAAAAUCAAUAUCACAUAAUUUGCAACUCCAAAACAAAUGCCAUAAGGUCCGUUUUAAUUUUACUUCAUAGUGUUUCCAUCCUCGAAAAUGACUUGACGGUUGCGAGGUUAAUGUAGGAUUUCUGUUUAACCGAAUUAAAUCACGAUACGCUGAAAUCGUUCUAUAUUCAGGACAUUGUACUAAGAGAAUGUAUUAGACAACAGAUAUUUUCUGAAACAGUGCCUUUUACUACCAGUGAAACUAGUCUUACGGCUGCCCAACGUAUGCGGCAUAACGUCAAAGACGCAGCCAGUCGCGCGAGCAUUUAUUUUUAUAUUUUUGAUGUGAUAGAAUGCACAAAGAUUUUUGGCUUUACACACGGGUAUUUUUAGUCGGUGUGUGUCCAACAAUUUUCAAAUACAUCAGGUUCCUUGGUUCUGAGCUCCUAUAACGAGGAGGAGUCCCGAUGAGUUCAAAGGAAAUGUAGACUUAAUUUAUCAGAUACCGCGUGAGUAAAACUGACUUAUUUAUGGAAUAUGAAUACCAAUCAUGAUAAUUCAAAUCGUGAUAAAGUACCUUCAAAAUUGUAAAUAAAAGAAAUAUAGUAUUUUGAUAUUCAUACUACGCUUCUGUUCGGCAAGAAUACCUAAAUGUAAUGGCACAAGUGCGCUAAGUUGGGCAUUAUAGUCGAAGCACAAUUUUAAGCCCGAGCCAUAGGUAGGGCGCUGCCGCGAAUUUAAUAACCAAUCCUCACGUGUACCUACACUAAAAUACAACAACUGUAAAACCACAGCAGCGGAAUAAAAUGAUCCAUAAGUAUUUUUAUUAUCUUUAUAGUUAAGUAUUCUAUUCUAGUUUUUCGACUUAAUUCUAUUUUUGUUAAAAACCUUUUUAUAGAUAUUACAUAAUAUAAAAUAUUGCACGUUAUUAAUUUGUGUGAAUGGAACAUUUUUGAAUGUUUCGCAUUUUCCAACGAAAAUGAAUGUAUGGAGAUAUCGUCAUUGUAAUCUUACAAUUAAGAUUAACUCUGGACGAUAUUGUUAAAACAGUUGUGAAUUUUAUUUAUUUACAGAAGCGAUUUUUAAUAAAAUAGUAUGUCACAUAAUGUUACCUAUCUUGAGAAGAAUAAUUAAUGUUGUUUUUAUAUUAUAAUCUGUUUGACAAGUGCCUAAGAAAAGAUAUUUUAUUUCUAUAGUAUAAAUUAUCUUACUUUUCUUAUUUUCUGAAAAAUCUUUCAUUACUGAUCAGAAAAAUAGUAAAAACUAAUGCAGAUGGAUUGUUGAUCGCAGUAGAUGAUAGUAGUAGCACAGAUGACGCUGCUACUCACCGUCACGUCCCCCCCAAGAAGUGGAGUACUAAGCUACUGAACACAAAUAGGAAAAUAUUAUCUCAAAGUCUUUGUUGAUAGACUGUGGACUAAUAUUGUCUUUGCAAUCCGGCAGACUAACAAAAUAUGAGACUAUGAAAUAUGGUGAAGCCAUGUAAAUAAAAAAUAAAAUUAAAAUCAAUUAUUUUUCAAUGAUUGUUACCCAUUUUAGUUCUAACAAAAGUGUUCAUAAAAUAACACUAUAACUUUUGUAAUUAUUUAUAUAUUUUUAUAACCAUUUAUAUCUUAAAUGACUAGUUAUUUAUUGUAUUAUGUAAGAAAUUAUUGCAAUUUAUUAUUUACUGGAUUUUUUAUAUUCAUGCCCAUACAAAAUCAUAUAUUUUCAUGAAAAAUACAAUACAAAUACAAUAAUUAUGUUACAUAAAAUAUUUAUUAAUAAAAACGCUUUGAAAGACUUGCGCACAAUUUACAAACUAAACUAUAAAUCCAAAAGUCCGCGUGUGCUUUUUUUCGUACAUUUUCUAUAAUCUAAGAGGUUUUUUAAAUAAAUUCGUUCAUAUGGGGCAGAAAGAUGGCACUUUGGGAUCAUGAUUAGGUUGUACAACACCGAACUCUAAACUAAACUGACAGGCCGUUUAUUGGUGUUCUUUUCCACAGGGAUAAAACAAACUACAACCGAAUUAUCACUAUUUCAGUUUGAGCACUAGAUUUGCGCAGGUCAAGUCCUUGUGUAUUUAGCUCCUAAAAAUGGCCAAUUGUGCUAAUAAUAAUUAGGUUGUGAACAAAAUCACUAAAUUGCAAGGUGAGAAAGUAGUACUAGCCCUUUUUCAGAAGAAACAUUGUAAUGAGAAUAAUACUAUUUUCAGACCUGUCAAUUUAGUUAAGCAAAUUUUGUGUAAUUUGUUUAGAAACACGCUUUUAUUUGAUUUCAAUAGCUUACACAAUAGAUAGACUGCUACUUAAAAAAAAAAAAAAACAUCUGAAAUGUAGUACAAACUACUUAAAAGGAGCUUAUUUGGUUUUACCAAAAUUUGGAACUAAAUUGACAGCUCAAGUUUUGUACUGUCAGUUAAGUUUAGAAUGUAUGUACAAUCUCAUUGCUAAGCUAAUCCUAUAUUUAAUAAGAUGAGCUGCUAAAAAGCUUUUCCAGCACUUAUUUUACAAGCAAAUUCAAUGUUACAUUUGGUUGUCUGAUGUGCAAUCAGAAUCGAUGUUUUAUAGCCGAUGUACGAAAAGAAACACAAUUGGAUUUUUGUUGCGGAAUUUUGAGGAUUUUAAACCCAUUGAAGUUGGUGUUGUAAAAUUUUAUUCUAAUAUAAAUAAUAUUGUAUUGUCUAAGUGUUAUAAAUUUAUAAAACAUCACUUGUACCUGCUUCCUGAAUAUAAAUAUUUUGGCAAUCGAAGCAAAAUUACUGUGCUUAUCUACUGAAAAAUAAAUCGUAUAUUGAA